UCUCUCAUUCAAAUUGAAACCCUUCCAAAAUUUGUUAAAAUUCUAAAAGGAUCAAAAAUAAAUCAAAGUUCGAACUAACGAUUUAUUCUUCAUAUUUCGCGGAUAGCUUGGGCCGAUCGUAACUAAAUCAAAUCAGUUCAGUCGUGCACACAACUACCGCGAUUUAAGAGAAACGUGACGCCCGGCGAUCAACGGGCGGCAACAUUUAAUUUGGUUUUCCAAGGUCUUGUGUUUUGUUUGUGUUUUGUUUCAAAAAUAAUAACCUUUAACGGAAAGUCCUUUUGCACUCGAUAAAUCGUAAAGUCUGCAAAUUUUAUUUGAAUUGUGUGCGUUUCGUUCGUGAUUGUAGUGCUGAGCUUUAACGUGGAAGUCAAUAUGAAUAAAUUUGUUGCGCAUAAUAUUGCACGUGAAUCGUAUCGUGCCUACAACACCGAGAUAUACGCCUCACGGAGCGGCUCCAUGGGUCAACAUGGCGAAAUGGCGGAAGGCAAUGGCGAACUAUUAGAUGACAUUAACCAGAAAGCCGAUGACCGUGGCGAUGGCGAACGUACAGAGGAUUAUCCCAAAUUGCUGGAAUAUGGUCUGGACAAGAAGGUCGCUGGCAAACUGGAUGAAAUCUACAAAACCGGCAAACUUGCCCACGCCGAGCUGGAUGAGCGCGCACUGGACGCGCUCAAGGAGUUUCCCGUUGAUGGUGCCUUGAAUGUGCUUAGUCAGUUCCUCGAGUCAAAUCUGGAGCAUGUGUCAAAUAAGUCUGCUUACUUGUGCGGGGUCAUGAAAACCUAUCGCCAAAAGAGUCGCGCCAGCCAACAGGGUGUGCCCGCGACCGCCAGCACCAUACAGGUGAAGGGUCCCGACGAAGAGAAGAUCAAAAAGAUUCUGGAACGCACCGGUUACACAUUGGAUGUGACCACAGGACAACGCAAAUACGGCGGGCCGCCACCCAACUGGGAGGGCAAUGUGCCCGGCAAUGGCUGCGAGGUGUUCUGUGGUAAAAUACCCAAGGAUAUGUUUGAGGAUGAGCUAAUACCGCUGUUCGAGAACUGCGGCACCAUUUGGGACCUUAGGCUAAUGAUGGACCCCAUGACUGGCACAAAUCGUGGUUACGCAUUUGUCACAUUCACAAAUCGCGAGGCGGCCGUUAAUGCUGUGCGACAGCUCGAUAAUCACGAAAUAAAACCCGGCAAGUGUCUGAAAAUAAAUAUAAGCGUACCGAAUCUGCGCCUUUUCGUAGGCAAUAUACCCAAGUCAAAAGGCAAAGAUGAAAUUUUAGAGGAAUUUGGUAAACUUACAGCUGGCCUCUACGAGGUAAUCAUCUAUAGCUCGCCAGAUGACAAGAAAAAGAACCGCGGCUUCUGUUUUCUCGAAUACGAUUCACACAAGGCGGCUUCAUUGGCCAAACGGAGACUUGGCACUGGUAGAAUUAAGGUUUGGGGAUGUGAUAUUAUAGUCGAUUGGGCUGAUCCACAGGAGGAGCCGGAUGAACAAACAAUGUCUAAGGUUAAGGUACUCUACGUGCGGAACCUAACGCAAGACGUUACAGAGGAUAAACUGAAGGAACAAUUCGAGCAAUAUGGCAAAGUGGAACGCGUCAAGAAGAUAAAAGACUAUGCCUUUAUACAUUUUGAGGAUCGUGAUAGCGCCGUCGAAGCUAUGCGUGGCCUUAAUGGCAAGGAGGUCGGCGCCUCAAAUAUUGAGGUCUCACUCGCCAAACCACCAUCGGACAAAAAGAAAAAGGAGGAAAUACUGCGCGCACGCGAACGACGCAUGAUGCAAAUGAUGCAGGCGCGUCCAGGAAUCGUUGGAUUUGAAACAUUGUCUCCAUACAGAAAUCUGUCGCCGACACACCCCAGCAUGAUGUCCAUCACACCCGUGCGCCUACCGGGGGCGCGUAUGCCCCUCCGCACACCGAUGCCCCGUGAAUACGACUACGAUUAUGAUUAUUUUGGCUAUUCAGAAUUUCGUCCUGGCUUUGGUGCUGAUACGUACUACGAUGACGUUUAUCGUGCCUAUGAAGGCGAAUAUAGCUAUUAUGAUUAUCCGAACGCCGCCAGCGGCAAUGGAGCUGCCGGUGGUGCCGGCAUCAACGGCGCUGCUGUGGCCAUGCCAAACAAUUCGGGCGGCGGUUCCGUGCCGCUGAGCCCCUCACAGCGUCCAUCAAGAUCCCAGCAAGGUGGCUCGGCCAACUCGCCAGUGAUUAUGGGAGCUGGUCGUGGGCAUGGAAUCACAGUCCCGCGUGGACGAGCCGUUGGCCAGCGUGGCAGCAUCAGUCGUCUGGGGGCCCAGCCAGUGCCACAGGCGGCGGCGGCGGCGGUGGCGGCGGUGGGACAGGCGGCGGCGGCGGCUCAUCGGGGGGCGGCCACCGUUCAGGGGGCGCCGGCAGCAACCGGGGGGGUCCGUGGGGUGGCACCAAUGCGUCCCAGCGCUCCUGGCACCCAGCACGUCAAGCCGCUACAAAAUUUACCAGUAGUCGGUAAACGUAAGUUCGAUGGAGGUCACCAAAAUCCGGCAGAUGUUAAGCGACGUUACCAGAGCGGUUUAAUAGGAAAUGGCGGCAGUUGGGGCAGUUUACCGCUACCACAGCAACCUUUAGGCACAAAUGGUGAACAGUGGUAUAUGGAUACGUUUUCGGCAUGGAGUUAAAAACAACAACAACAACAACAACAAUGACAGGCAACUACAGUUAAUAA